CGUUUUCUGGCUAGGGUUCGCAGACGUUAUUUUUCGGCGGAACCAAGUGACAGCCGGAAAUACGUCUGCUUUCGCAGGUUAGUUUGUGACCGGGGUUGCACUGUAUUCAUCACGCAACACCUGCUGCGUGACCUGUUUACCCAGACCCCUUGAUGAGUUCCUCCUCACGCAUUUGUGGCGUCUUCCGUGGCUUGGCAACUAUGGACAACGCUGACUUGGAAAAGCUCUCCAUUUCACCUGGAAAGCUAACACCCAAAUUCCAUCCGAAUACUACCGAAUACUCAGUAACUCUCGGAAGUGAUGUCAAACAGAUAAAAAUCGAUCCGCUUACAAGUGAUUCAGGAGCUUCUUACUCCAUUUCGGGUAGUGGAGGUGGAAAAACAGUUGCUCUGAAAGAGGGAGAAGUUACACCAGUAAAAAUCGAAGUAACGGCAGAAGAUGGAAGCACAAUCAAGAAUUAUUUCAUUCAAGUUACGAGGUUGUCUGCAAGCGAUGCUUCUCUCACAGAUCUCAAACUUUCUGUCCUUGGCAGCCUCUCUCCAGAUUUCGCUUCAAAUAUCACCAGUUACUCUGCCGUCGUUCCAUUUAGUAGCUCUUCCGUUGAGGUAACGCCUAGCGUGGCUGAUAAAAAAACUGCAGUAAAAGUUAAUGGUGGUGGAUCGAAAGAUCCCAUACCUUUGAACUAUGGCGAAACAGUUGUCGAGGUGGAGGUAACUUCUCCAGACUCAAGCAGCAAACGAACUUACGUGUUAAUAAUCUCUAGAUUGAAGCUCUUAAGACCGAUAAAGUUUUCAGGUGAAAAAGAACAAUCGAAAUUUGAAUGUCCCGUGUGUCUGGGAGUUCUGUAUCGACCAAAAUCGAUCAAGAACAGUCAGCCGAAACAUGUGUUCUGCAAGGGGUGCAUCGAUGAGCUGACCCGGACCUCAAAACAGGAUCCUUUGGACCGUUCCCCGCUACCAGAUGUGUGGCGUGUAGAUGAAUAUGACUUGGACAAGGAAUUAUCUUCCCAGGUGGUGUUCUGCGUUUACAAGCACUGGGGAUGUGGGGAGGAAUUGAAGCUCUGUGACCUUGGUCCUCAUAUGAGGCAGUGUGAAUUUAGGCCUGUUGUAGUGGAGAAGUCUGAGGAAAUUGUCCCAGCCAAGGAUCUAGAAGAAAAAUCGAAGGAGGCUUGUAAAGGAUGCCCAGAUUGUAAUCGGCCAGUCAGAACCUCUGAGCUUGAAGAACACAAGACUUAUAUGUGUACAAGUAAGCAUGCCAAUCCAGGUACAAAGCACAAGUCUGAAAUCAGAGUUUGGGAGAAGAAACUUCAGCAAGAAACAAAUGAAAAAUCUGCUGACAAGUUGGUAAAGACAGCUGAGGAGCAAAUUCAAGAAUGCUUCAAGGUGUUGCCACAGCAUGGUAAUGCAGGCCAUUUUGAUGGCGAGGUUUCACCACUGAGAUACUUGGAGAUGGCUGCUGAGUGGUUUGCCACAGCGAUCAAGUUGUCGCCCAAAAGGGCUGAUCUUCAUUUUAAGCUAGGGCAGAUGUUGGAGGAACAACACUAUGUGGAGGAUCUCUAUGGGAUCAAACCUCCAAAAUCCUCUGAUGAUGAUGAUAUGGAUUUUAAUAUGAAAUCCAAGGAAAGUUCCAAAGAAGAUGACAUUCAGGCCAUCUGUGAGCUGCGUGGUGCCGGACGGAAUGCCCCAUUAGCCUUGCAGCUGAAGGCUAUUGAUGAAGAAUAUCAUUAUCUUUUGGACCAGGGACAGUCUGACAAGGCUGACUAUGUUCAAAAGUUGUAUGCAUGGAAAUCAAAACAAGCUACACAGAGCAAAACAGCCCAGCUAGCAACUAAUGAAGAGGAGCCUCUUGGAAAAGCAUAUCUCAAAUACUUAGAUGCCCUGGCUAAUGGCAAUGACAACCAUAUGUACAAUUUGCAUGUUGGUAGAAUGCUUCUCCUGCAAAGCAAACCAGAAGAAGCUGUGAGGCAUCUUCAAGUUGCAGUGGGAUUAAAGCCUACUAACAUUGAUGCAAGGUUUUACCUUGGGUUGGCUCUUUGCCAACAAAAAAGUGGACCUGGAAAAAGAACACAAGAAGCUGUGAAAUACUUGUCUGAAGGAAUAGAACAUCUGUUGAACCAAAUGAGUACUGAGCCAAAUGAACCAACGAAGGAUCCUGAAAAAUGGCCACAGCAGACAUCUCUAUCUUCCAACAACUUGUUAAGAUGCGACAAUGUGCAGUGGUUGCAAGGAUGUACUCUUCUUGGUAGCUUGUGUAAAAAAAUGCCAACAACACCACCAGGAGUAAUGUCUGCAGAUAAUGCAUUGCAUCUGAGUGCCAUGUUGUCCUCUCAUGUCUUGUCACAUCUUGUUGCUAGAGGUGAUACAUACCACCAAGUUGAGUGGGUUUCGUUUGAGACCCAUUUCACACUCCUUCAAAUGAUGCUGGAAGAGACAAAGGACAAAGGAGAUGGCAAAAAUGUUGAGAUUUCUUGCUUCUGUGAAAAUUUGUCUGGUUUGCUCAACUGUUCAAACAUUCCACCUGGAAAGCAAAUUCUUGACCUCCAAGAAAAGACCUGUCAACAGGCUGUCCUACUUCAGCCGUGUAACAGUCGUGCUCUCUAUCGGCUGGGUGAUGCCCAACUAAGUUGCCAUGACAAUGACGACCCUUCUGCACCUAAUGCCAAAAGGAUUCUUCAAGAGGCUGAACUGAGUUAUCGAGUGAGCAUUGAGCAAGAAGGUUGUCCGUCAGUAGGUGGGGAGGCCCCGACAAAGGUCAAGGAACAACAGUGGUUUAAAGAGCAGGCAGUAAAGAAAGAAGCUGAAAAGAAAGCUGUUACAGGAGGAACCACUCAAAAGAUUGCUGCCGCACCAGCUGGUAAGACAGUUGCCUCACCAGCUGGUAAGGCAGCUGCCUCCCCAGCUGGACAUGGUGGGACCCAAGCAGGAAGGGGCUCAUCCACUACAGCGCGAGGUGGAGCAGCGAUGAGAGGUAGAGGCAGCGCUGCUCCCAUCCGAGGCGGGGCCACGAUUGCAGCAAAGCCGGCACCAACUGGUGGGACUCGGGGCAAGACUUCCCCAACAAAGCCUGCUGGGACAGCAGGGAGGGGAGCGUCAAGAGGAGGAAGUAUUGCAACAGCAAACAGAACACCAGUAUCAUCGUCAAAGCCGUCAGCUCACAAAUCAGGAUCAUGUUCUCCUACAAAGCAGCCAACUUCCACUAAACCAUCGACACAAGCGAAAAGUGGCACGAAAUCUCCAGCAGCAGCUCUCACUCCAGUCAAACCUGUAGAGCCCAGUCCUUCAACUGAUCAGAAGCCGAGUGGACCGCCCAACAAACCUACUUACCAUUCUCGUCUGGGUUUAGCUCGUGUAUUGAUGCGUAAAGGCGGUGAUGACGUCAACGAAGCUCACAAGCUGUACGAAGAAGUUAUCUCAAUGGCGCCAUCUGUUCACGAUGCUUACAUCGAAUUGGCUGACUCGCUGAUCAAGUCAGACCCAAUGAAAGCCGUGGACACGUACAGCAAGUACCCUUUCCAGGAGCCGUUGACAUUUGAUGACGCAUACAUCCACGGGGAGAUGGUUCGUUUGCUGAUGAAGAAUGAAAAGUAUGACGACCCCAGAUUGGGUGCCAGUAUGAUUUCUCUAGGGAAGGUGAUGGGACUAACUGUGCUAGAGAAGUACGUUGACACACUUGAUAAGACAUUCAAAUACAGCAAACUGCUUAUGCAAGUUUAUGCUGGCGUCCAUGGUAAAAGUGUAGACGACCCAGAUUUGCAGCAGUUUUUUAAGUUUAAAUGUUGGGUUUAAACUUUUAAGUUCCAAACGAGACUUCUUCUUGAGAGUGUAAAUACGUAACUGGUGCACAUUGACUUGUAAAACAGAAAUUCUUACAAAGCACUCCUCUUCGGGAUUUAAUUUUCAUCUUCCUCGGAAGUGCGAUUGUGGUCCGGAUGUACAGCAUUUUUUCGUUUGAGUUUGUAAGUACUUUUUUGAUUUACAAUAUUCAUUUGACAGCUGUAGUUACAUGUGUGCCAUUAAGUAUCCCAUGAAGUUAAAGAAAAGGAAAAAAAAAA